GAAAUUGUGGCCGGACAAACAGCAAGGCAGUUCUGCUCCCCUGUCAGUCACUCUGCUGCUGGCUGGCUGCAGCUGAGCCCGUGCCCAGCAGCGUGUCUGGCGGGAGAGGAGCCGGCUGACCCGUCUGUCCUCUGGGGAUGUGGGGGCUGUCUCUCGUCCUCACACUUUUGUUCCUCAAGGGGCUUCAGGGCCAAGAUUCUGCUAAGCGUGUGGUUGGACUCUCAGGAACAUGUCUCCGGUUAUGGCCUCCCAAGACACUGACAAAGAACAUAGAAUCUGUUCAAUGGAAGAGGCCGGGGCCCUCACCUUCAGAAUUUUCUGUGAUACUGACAUGGAAGUGUGGGUCUAAUUAUUGCAGCGAUAAAAAUUGGACUUUGAGUCAUCUCAACAAAAGAUUCGGUUUUAUAACCCAGAACUUCAGUCUCACCAUCCAGGCAGCUCAGCAGCAGGACAGCGGCUUCUACAUCUUUGAGGCGACUGAUGAGCGUGGGAAAGUUCAGAACUACAUGUUCCAGGUUUCUGUGUUUGAUCACGUAGGGGAGCCCCACGUACUACAGGACUCGAAGGUCCUGGAGGGAGGGAGGUGCCAAGUGACUCUGUCCUGCUCGGUCCCCAGCGGUGAUAACGUGAGCUAUGAUUGGUAUAGAGGGAGCGUGCUGAUCGAGAGAGCAAGGAAUCACAGCACGCUGGAGGACCAGAUCAACGCCAACAGCUCGCACAUAUAUACCUGCAAUGUCAGCAACUCGGUCAGCUGGACAAACCGCACCUUCAUCCUGCACUGUCCGGGUGACUCCCAGCGCAGUUUCCCCAACCUCUCUGAGCCUCAGUUUUUCUGCCGGGUAAUGGGGGAUGAUAACAGGUACCUGGCGGGACUGACGGUAGGAUUAGAUGAGGAGCAGAAGCCGAAUCCCCCUGGAGAAGGGAGCACCAUCUACUCCAUGAUCCAGUCCCAGCCUUCUGCUUCCACAUCACAAGAAGCAAACACCUUGUAUGCAUUGGUACAGCCUUCCCGGAAGUCUGAAUCCAAGAAGAAGAACCACGGCCCUUCCCUCAAUAAUACUAUCUAUGAAGAGGUUGGAAAGAGACAGCUCAAAGCCCAGAACCCAGCUCGACUGAGCCGCAGGGAGCUGGAGAACUUUUCUGUGUAUUCCUAGUUGCUGCCGCUGGUCUCCCUUCUCUCACAUCCCAGUAUCUGCUUUGGGACUCAGCCCAGUGGACGAUACCACAUGAGUCUACAGAAUGGUGCCUGGUCUGGAGAGGAUACGGGAGUUCGUUCAGGGUCUAUAUCUUGUUCUUAACAUGAUUUCUCUCAGCCAAGACUGUUAAAUAAUAUCUCUCAACUUACAGACUGGACAAGACUGGGCGGAGAGGUUGGGUAGUUCACGAAAGACUGCAAAGCAGGUCCACGGGCGGGCGCACCACCAGUCUCUCAAAUGCUAUGCAAAUGCAGAGUGUUGUAUUAUUAGCAUCAAGAUCCCUUCCCCUGGAUUUCUAAUGUGUUCCUCAUCUCUCCUCUUCUUUAAUCUGAGAAGACCACAUUUCUAGACCCUCCCCUGCCCCAGGCCCCUCUUCCAAAGGGGAAGGAAAGAUCAUGGUGACUCAGGGGGAGAGAAACAGCUCCACCCCACGAGGAUGAACUAAGUAGCUGUAAGCUGCCGGCAGGUUCUCCAAGGGACCGGACUUAGGCUGUCCUCAAAAACAGAGGAAAAACUCCCCCACCACAUAGUAAACCUUUACCUCUGGCCGCUUGGUCACAAGGGAGAGGGCAGGAGUGAGAGCAGAUGGUACAAAGUAAACCAUCUCAGAGUGGAAAAAUCACCGUGAGUCCAUGCUGU